CCUUAGACAUGCACACCAAAACGGGCAGUGCCGCCAUGGCAGAGCGAGGAAUUCAGGUCCGAGCCACGGCCAUGUCCGGGCACCAGGUGGAUUUGUUACUUGGUGCUGAGGAACCCAUAGCGCUGCUGCGGCAGAAGGUGAGUGAAGCACUGGGCAUUCGAAAGUGGCAGUUGCGGCUGAUCCAUGGUGCCAUGGUGCUGAACGAUGGAGGUCUCAUCAAAGAGCUGGUUGCAGAGACCGAGACCAAUGAGACGGUAGAAGUAAUGGCGCUGGCGGUUGAAGCCAUUGAAGUGAAAGAGCGCAGCAAGGAGUUGUUUUCGAUUUUCAAGAGGAGAAUCAGGACUCAACAUUUUCACAUUGACGCAAUCAACCGAAUCAACCGUCAUGAAGAAGCAAUUCUGAAUGGAGAGGUGGCCUUUGACUAUCUUGGCGACAACAUGUUGGAAUUGUUGCUCAACAAUUGGUCUUCAGGUGCCAUUGAAAGGCCCAUGAGUCUGCUGCUUGCAGGUGGUGCUUGCGUCAAUACCCCCUCCAAUGAUGGCUACACUCCCCUGCUCACUGCCUGUAGCCGUGGUUUGGGCGAAGAGGCAAAUCUCCUGCUGGAGCACGGAGCAAGUCCACGACAGCACUUGCCCAACGGGAAUGAUGCUCUCAUCUCGGCCUUAAAAUUCUUCCAGGCUUGCUCCGAAGUGAAUGCUCGUUCGCGUCAGGAAGACUUACAUCUUGGCUGGACCUGUUGCAUCUUGCGAGCUGCCCACAUCCGAAGUGCUACGGGCCUUCUUCCCUUGGAAGAAGCACGACUGAAGUUGUCGCAGGCGGCCAUCGAGCUGGCAUUGUUGGCACCUGCAGCUGUGUCUCUGUGUCAGAAGAGGAUCUUGGAGAAGUCUGCUGUGGAUCCAGCCGUGGCCGAAGCUUUUGGAGAGGAUCUUUGGGCAGGUUGGCCGCAAGCCUUCUUCACGUUCUCCCUGCAGAUUCCAAAGGUCGUUCAUGACUGGGACAAGGACUUUUCGGUAGCAAGACAACGAAUUCUUGCCUACAAACUUGGGAACUGUGAAAAGGUGCCAGUGGACAAUCAAAGACGGGCCUUCAGACCACGAUACUUUGAUGAGUAUAGCGUCUACUCAGAUGUCUGCACCUGUCCAUUUUGCUGUCCAUCCCUCUACAAUUCGCUUGAGACAGAUUCCUUUGUGACCUCCUACCAGCUGCGCAAAGACCAAAACAGGAAAUGGGAGACUUCCAAAGCUAAUGCCCGACGCACCAGACGGGCACCAUUCGCGUCCUCUUCCGGCCGUGUGUCUCGAUCUUCAAGGAUGGCUCGCAAAUUGCCGCCAUCAUACCGUGGCUUUCAGGUGGGCAAUGUACUUCAAGGACAACAAAAAUCACAUUCCAAGCAAUCCAAGCUCCAAGUCUUGAAGCAUGAGCUGGCAUUUGAUUGUUAUGGCCUUGAUAUGCCUUGAUACAAUGUGCAGCCAUACUGUAGGUGAGCUGAUGGGUGCUGUCACCACAUCCAUGGCUUGGUGGACUUGUACAGAUGCACUGUGAGUUUGCUGCUGAAAUGUACAGUGAUACAGUGAUUGCUACAGUUGAGAGAGCAGUAGAACGUGACCUUAGAGAUUAAAAAA